AUGGCCGAAGGGAUCGACACUUUGCAAUCCUUGUACCUGUCGCACGUUCGGGGAGGUCGUUUUCCGACGGCCCUUUUUCAAAUGCAGCUGGUGGGUCUCGUCGUACUGCUCGACGAGACCCAGGACAUCAACAAUCAGCUGGGCACGAGGCUCUCAGCUGUUCCACGCCGGUGGAUAGACACGCCAACGGACGAGGUAACUCGUCUGGACGCCAUUCACGUCGCGGUGGCUCAAUCUACGCUCUAUUAG